AAGGACCGCGCGCAUUUAGGCUGCGGGAAGGUGCCGACUGCCCGGAGACAGACCCUAGCCGGGAUACACGGGAAAAAAGCAUAACAUAUUCAGUUCUAUGCAACCAGAGGGUCGAAGAUCAAAGACGAUAGUCGGUUUGAGAUCCUGUAAUUCACCAACUUGUAGGAGCUACAGAAGCAAGACCAAAUUGAAUCAAUCAAGAAGGUGUGUUGUGGAUGUCCUGUAUGUCUGAACACUAACUCUGAGUGUGAGCUUUGACCAAAAAGGGGAAGGAUUUCCCUGUGACACACCCUGCCAUGAACAGGAAGAGGAAAUACGCACUCUGUGGAGGAGUGGUGAUGGUGCUGCUGCUGGGUCACAUGACCACUGCCUUAGAAGUGCCUCUGGACUCUAAAUUUCUGGAGGGAUUACCACAACCUCCCACCAUAACCCACCAGUCCCCCAAGGAUUACAUCAUUGACCCACGGGAAAACAUUGUCAUCCACUGUGAAGCGAAGGGGAAGCCACAUCCGAGCUUCUCGUGGACACGCAACGGCACUCAUUUUGACAUGGACAAAGACCCGAAAGUGACCAUGAAUCCAAACUCAGGCACGCUGGUUAUCGACACCAGCGGCGAGAAAGCUGAAGUGUACGAGGGCGUGUACCAGUGCACAGCACGGAAUCAGCAUGGCACUGCUGUGUCCAACAACAUCGUCAUACGGCAGUCUAAGUCCCCCUUGUGGUCGAAGGAGAGAAAUGAGCCAAUCACAGUACAGGUGGGUGUGUCUCUGGUUCUGCAUUGCAGACCCCCAGCUGGACUCCCCCCACCCAUCAUCUUCUGGAUGGACAACAACUUCCAGAGGCUGCCCCAAAACAGCCGCGUGUCUCAGGCGCUGAACGGAGACCUGUACUUCUCCAACGUGCUGCCAGAGGACACCAGGAGUGACUACAUCUGCUACGCUCGCUUCCCCCACACGCAAACCAUCCAGCAGAAGCAGCCUAUCACGGUGACCGUGCUGGAUGUUGAUACAAUGAAUGAGACAGUCUUGGCAGCUUAUUUGAAUGACACUGAUAUUUUGGGUGACCGGCUGGCCAUGGAGCGCCCGCCCUCCUUUAUGUACCCAUCAGGAGCAAACAGCACCACCCAGGUACUACGGGGAGAAACUCUGGAGCUGGAGUGCAUUGCCGAUGGGCUUCCAACGCCAGAAAUCUCCUGGGCCAAGGACAGUGGUGACCUGCCCAAAGAGCGCUUGUCCUUUUUGAACUUCCAGAAGACUCUGAGGAUCAGCGAGGUGACUGAGGCGGAUGGUGGAGAUUAUCGCUGCCUGGCCAGGAACCAUCUGGACAGCACUAAUCACACCAUCACCGUGGUGGUCAAAGCGGCUCCCUUUUGGAUCAGCACUCCGCAGAACCUCAUCCUGGCACCUGAAGAGUCGGGCAUGCUCACAUGCCUGGCUGGGGGGAACCCCAAACCCACCAUCACCUGGUCCAUCAAUGGCAUCCCCAUCGAGAACUCGCCCAAUGAUCCCAGUAGGAAAAUAGAGGACAACAGGGUCAUCCUCAGCAAUGUGCAGACUGGAUCCAGUGCUGUUUACCAGUGCAAUGCUUCCAACGAGUUUGGCUACUUGCUGGCCAAUGCCUUCGUCAGUGUGCUUGCCGAGCCUCCGAGGGUGCUGACACCUCCAAACCACAUCUACCAAGUUAUCAGCAACAGGCUGGCCAUGUUGGAUUGUGCCUCCUUUGGGUCACCAAUACCCAAGAUUACUUGGUUCAAAGAUGGCCAGACUGCUGUAAAGGAUGGGGAUACUUAUCUGCUGCACGAGAAUGGCACUUUACAGAUAACUGCAGCACAGCCCUUACACAGUGGGAAAUACACAUGUGUGGCUACAAACAACCAGGGCAGCAAGGAAAAUCAAGUCUACCUAGAAGUGAAAGAGCCCACGCGAAUCCUCCGACAACCAGAAUACAAGGUGGUGCAGAGGAGAGGGAAGGCUGUGUUUGAGUGUAAGGUGACGCAUGAUCCAACGCUGAUCCUUGUCAUGACCUGGCUCAAAGACAAUGGAGAGCUGCCUGAUGAUGAUCGGUUUGUGGUGGGCUCUGACAGUCUGACUAUAAACAAUGUGAUGGAGCAGGAUGAAGGCACCUACAUGUGCAUUAUGAACACCACCUUGGAUCAAGACUCGGCCAGUGCCAUGCUGACAGUAGUUGAAGCCACUCCAACUCCACCUGUUUUCUACGAGCGACCAGACCCACCGAGAGACCUGGAGCUGACUGACCAGAGGGAGAGGAGUGUGCAGCUGACCUGGACCCCUGGAGAUGAACACAACAGUCGCAUUCAGGAGUUCCUGAUCCAGUAUGAGGAUUCGCUCCACGAGCCAGGGACAUGGAACAACCUGACAGUGGUGGCAGGCACGAGCACCACGGUGCUCCUGGACCUCUCCCCAUACGUGUAUUACUCCUUCAGGGUGCUUGCACUCAACAACGUAGGCCUGAGUGACCCCAGCCACCCGUCCAGCCAGUACCGCACCAACCCCGCUCAGCCUGAUGAAAAUCCAUCAGAUGUUGAGGUGGCUGGAACUGAGCCUAACAAUAUGGUGAUCUCCUGGCGGGAGCUAACAGGGCUUCAGGCCAACGGCCCUGGGCUUCAGUAUAAGGUGAGCUGGAGACGGUGGGACAUGGGCGGAGACUGGACGUCCGUCACUGUGGCUAACAUCUCCGAAUACAUAGUGUCAGGCACACCCACCUUCGUCCCAUAUGAGGUGACUGUGCAGGCCGAGAACAACUAUGGGGCUGGCCCUGAACCAGAGGUGGUGCUGGGAUACUCAGGAGAGGGCCGGCCCAUGACGCCACCGGAGAAUGUGCAGGUACUGGUGCAGAACAGCACGCUGGCUGAGGUCCACUGGGAGUCCAUUCAGCCCUCUGCAGUCAGAGGCAGAUUGCAGGGAUACAAGGUGAAGUACUGGAAGGAGAGAAGCCUGCUGAGGGAGGACACCCAUCCAGAAGAGCCUCGGAUACGCAUUUUCAGUGGGAACGAGACAAAGGGUCACCUCCCUGAUCUGCACCCCUACAGCCAAUAUGCCAUCAGUGUCCUUGUCUUCAACAGCAAGGGUGAUGGGCCACCCAGCGCGGACCAGCAUUUUGAGACGCCUGAGGGAGUGCCUGGACCUCCUGCCUUCUUCAGAAUUAGGGAUUCAUAUCUGGACUCACUGACGGUUGAGUGGGGUCCUCCUGUGGACGACAAUGGUCACCUCAUUGGCUAUGUGCUUAGAUACCAGCCCGUUAAUAACACAGAGGAGGUUAAAGAGAUGACUUUCUUGGCCAAUGAGACCAGCAUUACUCUCGAAAAUCUCAAGUACAGCACACACUACAAGUUCUUCCUUAACGGCAUGACAAUCAAGGGCUCAGGGCCCGCCAUCACGAAGGCCAUCACAAUCAUGGAUGAAGCACUGAUACGGCAGCCCGCAGUAGAGGCGGGUAAAGGCACUGAACCCCCUUCUCAUCCAGUCUCCCCCGUCUCUCAGUCUGUGCAGCCCCCGUUUUACAAGGCACAUCCGGUAGGUCCUGUUUUUGGAAGGGUGAACUUUUCUCUGGAGGAAGACCAUGCCGUCCUAAAUUGGGAAUACUCUGGGACGGAAAAGAAUGUGUAUGUGGAAUAUGUGUCAGACAACAGUAAAGAGGCCUGGAAGAGGGAGUCUGUAAAUGGCUCCCAGACGUAUCAGUUAAAAGGCCUAAAGGCGGGCAUGACAUAUAGGGUGCGCGUGGUGGCCAAAGACCACACCCAUGUGACCAUCCACAGCACAGAGGAGCUGCUGAUUGCGGUUCCAGCUAUGACCAGCAGACAGGUGGAUAUAGCCACACAAGGUUGGUUCAUUGGUCUUAUGUGCGCCAUCGCUCUGUUGAUCCUCGUCCUUCUAAUUGUCUGCUUCAUCAAGAGGAACAAAGGUGGCAAAUACCCAGUGAAAGAAAAGGAGGAGGCUCACCAAGACCCAGAGAUUCAGCCUAUGAAAGAGGAUGAUGGGACAUUUGGAGAAUACAGGUCAUUGGAGAGUGACACAGAGGACCACAAGCCACUGAAGGGCAGCCGGAGCCCAUCCAAUGGCACAGUGAAGAAGGAUGACAGCGAUGACAGCCUGGUGGACUAUGGAGAGGGUGGUGACGGCCAGUUCAAUGAGGAUGGCUCCUUCAUUGGCCAGUACAGUGGCAAGAAGGAGAAGGACACAGCCGAGGGCAACGAGAGCUCAGAGGCUCCAUCUCCAGUCAAUGCCAUGAACUCUUUUGUGUAACGGCUCUGGGCCUUGCGACCUUUGACCCGCCGAACCACCAUAACACCCCCCCCCCCACACACACACACACACACACACACAAAAACACCACCCCCAUCUCCCUACUUGUCACGACUUCCUCUGGAGAGCAGGAUGUCCCUACUUCACUGUGACCCUCUUGACAUCACAAAAAAAAACAAAAACAAACCACAAUCCAACCCACUCAUCAGCAUAAGAGAGCGAAAGAGAGCAAGACUGUAUUUGAGAAAGAGAGAAAACGAGAGAGUGUAGGGGUGAGAGAGAGAGGUUAAGAGAGACAGAGAAGAAGAUCUGUGAGACAGGAGAAAGCAAUAUGCACAGGAGGAAUAUUCUCUCCCAGCAGCCCAGCGCUCCUCCAGCUAGUCGAAGGGAAUACAGGAGGACCUUAUCCUGAUGACAGCUCUAUUAUCUUUUUUCAAACAUGUAUAUGUGUGUACACGAAUGUAUAGAAAUGAUAUACGCAUAUAUGAAGAUUAUUUUUUGGAAAAAUGGGUUUGUUUGCGGUCAGUAGGCAUCGAAUCCUGUCUCUCUCUGUGCUGCUCUGUGCGCUGCCACAACCCUGCGCUCCUCUGUGAUCGGGUGGGUCAAGGGUACGCGGAGGCUGCGCUCAUCUCCGUGUUAAAGCUGCCUUUUCGUUCUGUCGCCACAGUGUUAAAGUCGGUAUUAUGUGUGCUCAAAGCACCAGCGUCUCCGUGGACACCGUCGUGGAAUACGUGGAUAUGUGUAAACGCUAUUAUUUACUGUCUUUUGUGCCGGAUGGGAGCUGCAGUAAAAUAUUACGAUGGAAAACUUCACACACACAGACAUAGACAUACAAGCACACUCUUGACACUCAAACUGUCCCAUAGCUUUUACAACAUAGCUGUUUUUUAUUUAAUAUUAUUAUUUUUUUAGUUCUGUUGGACUUACAAUUUUGUAAAUGUUUCAUUGGUUUGUAUGAGAUAACUCUUUAUGCUGUUGCACUGAUGGAGAAAGUCUGGGAUUUCUGGUUCUGUCUCAUUCAUUACUGACCCUAUUGUCAUGCAGCAUUAUGGAGUGGGGCCCCCACAUGGCCAUAAUACAGCCACUCUCUGGCAACUGGUCAUCUUGCCUUCUGUGUUGCUCUGUGGGCGCAGAGCUUCUGCACCCUGGCAGACUAGGCAACGUAGAGGGUUUCUCAGUGCCUUGGUAGAGAGCAGCAUUCUGUAGUUGCACACAAACCACUCCCCCCUUUACCCCUUCCAUUCUCAAAGACUAGAGCAUUCUCAAGGCCUCUCAGAUCAGCUAAUCAUGGUUCUAGGGGUUGGGAAGGGGGGCGGUGAACUUUCAGACCUCUGCAGUGAAACAAGCACCUGUCAUCUCCCAGACGCUAUACAAAAUGAUGUCAUCCAUGUUGUGCCACCAGGGUGUUCUGUAACUCUGCGGUUUAUGAUCUGAAGACACACCUGCCAAUCCACGCUACAGGGAGAGGCUGUGCGUGAUCUGGAGAAGCAGCUAGAACUACUGCCAAUCUAACUCUCACGUGUGAACUGCCAUAGCUGCUGACCAGAAGCAGAUUGGUCCCUUACAUUGGGGACAGUAGGGGGCAUUUAAGAAUAAAGAAUGUAGGACCUGCAGUGACCCAUCAUUAGACAUUUCAGUAUAUGUGAAAGCGAGUAGGUGGGGAGAAAGGCCAUUUUCACUUAUAACCAUGUUUUUUAUUGCAUGUUAUCAAGGAUUGCAAGCUGUCGAGUUGUGCAAUCAACAGUUCACAAAAACAGUCCUAAAGCGCUGUCAUCAUCAUGUGUGCUUGGAGCACUUGUGUUUAUGAGUAUGAUUGUUAAUGUGUUUAUGUGAACAUGUAUGUACAGGUGUGCAUGCUUGGGUGUGCACAUGAGAAAGCGAGACCUGUAUGUGUGUGUGUUUGAAAGAGACAGAGAGGAAUAACAUGUGUAUGUGUAUACAUAACCACAGUAUAUUUGUAUGUGUGUGUGUGUGUGUGUUUGUCCCUGGUAGUGUGUGUGGGACUUGGCUUGAGAUUGGCCUCCUUUUGUUAAGGCCCUAGAUUUCAUGGUUUAGCUCACCAUAACUUGCAUCAAGUUUUUUUUUUAGUUCAUUUUUUUUUGUCUGUUUUUUAAUAUGUAGAUAUUGUGUUGCUUUGUAAAUAUCCCAGCCAGUGGUUUCACACAUGAGGGACAAUGAGAGGAUGAGGAGAAGGAGAGGGUCCCACAAUCUUAUGUGCAGCACCUAUUAAAAGACAAAUAGCAAAACCGAUCUCAGAUCACCGGACAAGGUGACCACCUUCAUGUCACUGCUGCCUGGUCGGAAGCACUACGUUUAACAGUCUUCUUCACGAAUCACACUCCUUCUUUUCCAGUGAUUGUAGUUGUAGUGUUUUGUGACCAGGUGACUGCUAGGCACAGAGUUUCCCCUGUGCUGGUGUAGUCUGAGUCUAGCGAUCAUCUAUGCUCAGCACGGCAUGGGUCGUUUGUGCACACCUUUGGUUGCUGAAAGCAAAACCACAAACAUGCAGAUCUUAAAAGACUGUGAUUCCUUGACUGCACAGGUGCAUGUGCAGAUUCACAUGUGGGUUUUUUGUUGGUUUUUUUGUGACUGGUAAUGAGAUAUGAUAGAGUACGAUAUAUAACAUUCUGGUUAAUGUUGAGGCUUCAUUAAAAAAAAAGCAUGAAAGGCUGUAAAAUGGUUUACUCUCUAUGAUAUAAUUGCGAAAUAUUUUGUAUUUUAACUGAAAAACAUGAAAUAAAUGUUGGUUUCAGGAUUUCAUGACCAAACCCUUUUUUUCAGUUUAUUCUGCCAAGAUCUUUUUAUUCAUGUCAAUAUGUAUUUAGGCAGAGACCAAUGUUAUGUUGAAGCAAAGUGCUGAACUAUGUUCAGUAGUAAGCUCAUACCAGUAAAUAUGUGUUAAAUAUCAAUAUCAUACCAGCAUUUUUGCAUUUUUCAAAUUAAAAAAUCCAUUGGUCUAAUCAGACAAGACCAUUAUUUACACAUGUACAAGCACAUGAUGACACAUGAAACCUACAAACAAAUAAAUAACCAGAUCUUUGAAGUAGCAUAGGACCAAAUUACUACAAAUUCAAAGUGGCUUCAGAUACCAGAAAUAGGAUGCUAGAAUAUGGAAAAUGCACUUGUGUUUUUGAAUGAGACAUCAUGAUUAGUCAGCUGGAUUGUUACUAUUGUCUAUCUUAAUGCUACUCUUGUAAUGUAAUGUAAUGCAAUGCAAUGUCAUAUCGCUAAUGUUAGCUGGUUAAUUCAGUAAUAUGAUUGUCAAGUUUACUUCUUAUGCCUGAAUUAAAAUAUCUAAAGAAUACAUGUUUAAUGAUAACUAGCUUGCAAACUUAACCUAACUGAUAUUACUUGGAGUGGCAUUGGGUGACUGGCUCUCAUGUAAGGUUACAUAAACAUAGCUAACUUUUGACAGAAAUGUGGAUAGUUAAUAGCAAGCAAUGUCAAAGCAAUGGAUAUUCAGCCAAAAAGACUAGUUUCAAAGCAUAGCAAAUACAUAUUGUUUUGGUGUAGCUUUCAACAGAACAGUACCUUUUUCUAGCUAAACUGCUCACGAUACUGAUGAUAACAACCUAGAUAAAUAGCCUGAUAUAAAUUACACUGUCAGAUUGACCAACCACUGUUGUAGCUAAUGUUUAACCUAGUACUCAGUUUUCUCAUACAUAUCUUCAUUUGAAGGACUCAAAUGUAAAUCGAAGAUUAUAUUGCUAAGAAUAUGAUUUCAACAAUAGAUAACUCACUUAUGUCUUCCAGAGAUGUUCAUGAGUCACUUUCAUGAGUCUGAGUCAAAUUUCGAGUCUCUGGGAUGUGAGUCUAAGUCAAGUCUCGAGACUCUGGGGUGCAAGUCUGACUCAAGUCUUGAGUCUCUGGGAUGUGUAUCUGAGUCAUCCCAAGUCUCUGAGGUGCAAGUCUGUGUCAAGUUUCAAGUCUCUGAGGUGCGAGUCUCAGUCAAGUCUUGAGUCUCUUGGGUGUGAGUCAGAGUUAAGUCUCAAGUCAUGUGAACAACAAUAUUUUAUGAGGUCACAUAAACUAGUUAACAUGCAUUCUUAAUUGCAAAGACAAAAGCAGUAAGAAGUAUCUAGCUAUAGAUACAAAAACUAGAAACUCAUUACUGUUUAAAUUAUUUGGAACUUAACAGAAAAAAAAAUAAAUAUUUAGGCUAUUAGCUAUAGGUCUAGCAGGCUAUCAUACAUUUUAUCCAAAUAGGCUAACUAACUAACUAACGUUUCUUGUCUACACCAACCUUUUGGUAUUUGUUUUAAAAUGUCUUAUAAUAUUUGACGUUGUUUGACAGUGCCGUUUAUUUUGAUGAUGCAUGUAGUGCAUGUAGCACUUUCACUAUGUUCAUCUUACUCUACGUUUUGUACAUGAAUAUGAUUAAAGGUACUCGUUGUGCCCAUGCUGAAUUUAA